AUGGAGGUGCAGAGCCAGCUAUUGGCGAAGCUUCUGUCGGGUGGGAGCUCAACAAAGGAUGAGUGCAAGAGAAUCUGCAAUGCCGCUGCGAGGCAUCUUCGGCGAGAGGAGAACAUCGUGGCGCUUGCUGCUCCCGUGGUGGUGGUAGGCUCCCUCCGGGGUGAGCUGCAGGACCUCUUGACCAUCUUCGAGAUCUCUGGCCCUGUGCCCGAAACUAGCUAUCUCUUCCUGGGCGACUACGCAGUCUCAGGCCCGGAUCCAUGCGGCACACUGGUUCUGCUGCUGCUCCUGAAGGCACGCUUCCCUUCCCGGGUAACGCUGCUGCGUGGCCGGCACGAGCAGCGCCAGAUGACGCAGGUGUACGGCCUUCACGACGCAUGCAUGCGUCAAUUUCGCUCUGGCGGUGCCGAAGUUUGGGAAGCCUUCUGCCAAUGCUUUGACCAUAUGCCGAUCGCGGCUGUUGUGAACGAGAAAAUCUUCUGCGUCCAUUCCGGCCUGGCUCCUGAAGUGGAAACACUGGAGGGGUUUCGUCAUCUCGAUCGCCACCGGGACUACGGACACGAAGGUCCCAUUGCAGACAUGCUCUGGUCUGACCCACUGGAGCAUGUUGAAGGCUGGGUUUUGGCGCCGAAGAGUUCUGGCUAUUGGUUCGGCGAAGACAUCACGACCGAGUUUCUCAAGGCUAACAACCUGGAGCUGAUGAUCAGAUCGAAGCAGCUGGUCGUGGACGGCUUCGCAGAGUUGCAUGGGGGCCAUUGCGUUACGGUGUUCUCGAGCUCGAAUGCCACUUUCGGCAACCAGGCUGCUGUUCUUCACUUGGACGAGGACUGCAAUCGCACUGUCCAGACUUUCCGAGAAGCAAAGCAACCAGACAGUGAGCCCCGAAGCGCCGAUGUCCCGGAUCAUUUUGCUCUUGUAUAG